ACCAUGUGUGCACCCAAUUAACUGUGUCCAGAAUCUCUAGCGCUUCCACAUCUCUUAUACAAGAGCGCAGCCCCGUUCUCCUCCGACCAUGGACCAUGAUCACUCUCUCAGCCGGGCCGGGUAUGUUCGCCAUGUAGGACAACUCGACUCCAUGCCUGGCGCGGCCGUGGCGUGCAUAGAGCAUCCUUCCAGGUACAUCCUGGAGAGCAAGAACAAGGGAGCAGUACGCGUGGUCUCGCCGGCGAACAACAACACACGGCGUGGAGAUCGAUCGUGCCUGCAGCCUGCAGCCUUCCAGGUCCAUGGCUGCACGGUUGACAGGUGGGACUUUUUUUGUAAAAUCCCAAGUGCACCAUGGCUGUUGAAGCAGCGAUACAAAAGGAAGCGUGGCUUUGUGAAACUAUUCAAUUUCUUAAAAACUAUUUUGCUAUUUUGUGAAGAACAGAGAAAAAUGUAACUUCAAGGAAUUUACUAACCAUGUCAUAUUAAGCGACACCGCCAAUGCUGAGUAUGACGCCGAACACCCAAAUGGAGACUAAUAGAAGAACACUCCCGAUCCAUAUACGGCGCCUGUAGGUGAGGCUAGACUGGCAAAUCCAGAGUGCAGUGAAGACCUCUACGAUGCUGAAGACAAAAAUGGUGGUGAGGAUGACAUAGUAGGCAAGCUUGUUGUGGCCGAAGACUACUCCACUGGGCGGCUUGUGGAGCAUCGUGUGCACGUCCAUAACCAGGGUGUGGGAACCCACUGUUCCCAGCGCACGUGCGAUUAACUGCAACGCAGACUCCUGAGCGGGUACAUUCACAUGCUGAUCUAUGUUGAUUCUCACUUCGUGGUCGUCGUCGCCCUAUACAAUGAAAGAGCCUCACAUAUCAUCAGUACUUGUGGAGUAGUUCAGUAUAGUGCAAAUACGAGGAAAGAAAUAUAUAGCUACCAACGUACAAACUAUUCUUUGGAUUGGACCAGCGUACAAACUAAUUCGAUCGAGUGGAUUAUUUUUCUUAUGAGAACAUGGGACAGAUGUAGACUCAAUAGAGAUUGGUUUUUUGGGAUCAUGAUGCUCCCCAUUUUGAAAUGGAUGGACAUGGAACAUGUGCCAGGAGGUGGUAGUGUAUUCCAUUGUACUGGCCAUGAAUUGCAAUACCUUACCUAUAUUGCUUAACAAAAUUAGUUUCACGGAGUCAAACAACUAUGCAUGUCACAAUUCCCUAUGCGAGAUCCAAGGUGAUUAAU